AUGAGACAUUUUAUUGCCGAUUAAACUUUGUUAUGCAGGAUGCUUGAUACUGGUUAUGGAUUGUUUGGAUUUUGAAUUGAAGCAUACCUUGGACCGUCGCGGUCAUGUUGAGGUCCGUUCAUUCUCCAUGGGACGCUCAAGACGACCGUCGAAGUGCCCGCUCUUAUGCUCCUAGGCAUACCCACUUCCCCUCUAUCUCUGAGUUUUCCGAUUCUCCAUCAGUUUACAGUCAUGCCUACUUUUCUCCAGACAGCAGGGAUAUCGAACCGAAUACAAGUUCAUUUCGUUAUGAUGAUACAGACACCUUCGGCGAGCGUCGGCCAUCUAUCACUCGUUCUGACUGCCUCAGUCAUCAUCCAGCGAGUAGCCUGGAUCUUGACGAUGACUGCGCUGCAGGUGUUUCACUCAACACCGCAGACGCAACGGAGAAUAACGAUGAAGACGACGAUUCCUCGCACAGGAUAAGUGUUCAGGGUCCCAAGAUACGCUUUCACUCCCGAGCACCUUGGGAAACCGGCGAAGACGAAAUUGACGAGAUUGACUCGGACAAUAGUCCCAUGUCCACCACCUUUGGCAUGAAAGUCAAAAGUAAGACUGCCAAGGCUGAUCUCAUGCGUCACUUCGGCAAGAGUUCCUCUACCAGACCUAGCGUCGAGUCAACCCGUUCUUAUGCUCAGUCCAAUGCCUCCUUUGAUUUCACUGCGGCCAAUCAUUCCGGUUCCCGAGGUGCCUUAUACACCAUGGCCCAGGAAUCAUUGUCGACCUCCUCUCUGUCUGUCCCCUCCCCAAGAAACCGCCAUAACUUUUCUCUCCCUCGCACCACAAACUAUCCACCCACAACUUACUAUAACGAUCACAUACCAGGGGAACCUCAGUCUACCACCAGUUCUUCGCGAGGAAUGGGACACGCUUCCCAGCCGUCAUCCUCCAAACAAGAUACCCGCAGACCACACUCUCCGGCUUCGGAGGUUCAACCAUAUCACGAACGCAGCGCUACUCUUUCAUCGUUUCCUACUUUGCAAGGUCGUUUGUCUCAUGAUGACUUCGUGCAUCCCUAUGCCAACCCUGAUUUGGUGGCUUCUUAUACCCCUUCUAGAGCUGCUCCACCCCGUUCCACCUUUGGACAUGUCUCGCGAAGUGAUUCUGCUGCCACCGUAACUGACUCCCUGAGUUCGCGGUCCGGUGCUUUCUCAUCUACUAUAACACCAGACACGUCUGCCUCCUCCCUACCAUCCCGGGAUCACAUUCCCUCCAUAGGCAUGCGUAUUCACGGCAAAGACAUAUCUCCUCCCAUCGCAGUUCUCCAUGCCAACGACCUUAAUUCAGUGCCAUGCGAUCGCAGCACCAAGCUGACAUCUUUUCACCCCCCACCUAUCUUUGAAGGUGUCGCAGGAUGGAAUGCCCCUUCAACUGUCACUUUGAUAUCGCUGCAAGAGGCACAGGCGAGAGAAAGGACCCGCAGUGCUACCGCGAUUUCAUCCCCCUCUCGAGUCCAUGAGAAUACAUCCCGCAUUCCUUUUCCUGACCCAGAUGACGCUGCCAGUAUAGCAAGCACCGAGACUUCUGCUACUGGCAGCUUCAAGAGGGCCCGCGCUCGCUCCACUAGUGCUGGCGCCCGCGCCAAAGGUGUCAUUCAUUCAGUCGUUGGUGCAUCUUUGCAAAAACCUGAGCGAAGGGAUUCAGAACCCGCUGUCGUCAAUGCCAGUGGGCAAACGCUGAAGCACAAGAAAAGCGGAUUUAUGAGACUCUUCAAUGGUCGUGAACGAGAGAAGGGUCGCGACAAAGAGAGAAGUCCGCCGCCACCAGUUCCGUCUUUAUACGGGGUUUACUCUCACGGAGGAAAUGAAGAUAGUAAAUCGUCGCUCCCAAUCAUCCCAUCUCGCUUGUCGUCUGUAAGUUCAGAUGCUGGGAGCAGCACUGCCCUCAACAGGGAGUCCACACCUGAUGUCGACCAGGAGCCUUCCACAGACUUUUCCUCACCCUCGCUGAAGCGUACCCCCCCUGCGUUGUACAUAUCCACUGGCACAACAAGCGGCUCUCCAGUCUGCGUUAACGACAGACACCUUGUACAUCGACCUACAGACCCGACCCAGUCACCCUCGUUAGGGUCAAAAACACCUCAGCAUGCUCUGCUUGGGAAACUUGACUUUCAAGCUCUCAAAUUACGUCCCAUAUCUACGACGUUCAGCUCUCAGUUCGCUGACAUCGUUGCCAUCCCGGAGGUAGAGUAUAUUUCAGAGCUCGAUUUGGACACGCCAACGUCUACGAUCAGUUCAGUGGCAGCACUCUCGCCAUUCACGUCAGGAUCAUCUCGACCAAGCGACGAUAAACCAUCGCCAGUGGAGCAGUCCCUCGUAAUCAAAGCUUUGCAGGAGCAGAUGAUCUCAGCGAAGAAGGUCUGGCAACGACAAAUUUGGGAGCUGCAGGGUCAAGUGAGGGACUUACAAGCGGAAGUCGAGGACCUCCAUGCUGCUGACGAAGACAAUAGAUAUUGCGACCACUGCGGCAGAGGCGGCCCACAAAGAGAGAGUGAAGCUCGUAGUGCAGGGUCGAAGAAAAUCGGGGUCGUCGACAGACCGAGGGAACGCAUAGGCGAUACCGCUCGCUUCGCGAGUGGGAACUAGACAGGUCUCUGACAAAAUCACCGCAACUAUCUCGUCCACUUAUCUAGGAAGGUUGGAUCGCCAUCAUGGUACUCGCCACUCGUU